AUGACCACACAGUCCGUACAGCCCAUUGAAUUGGCGGAGGAUUCCGUGGGGCUAUCGGAAAAAUACGCAGGUCUCUCCAUCAAUGCCACGCGAUUGAUGAGCACUUUGGAUGCCUCUUGCUCAUGGGGCAACACGCCAGAUGGAGGCAUGAAUCGCCUCGCCUUAAACGACGAUGACAAGAAAGUCAGGGACUGGUUCGUCGAAGAGACGGGAAAAUAUGGUUGUCAUCACAAAAUUGACGAAAUGGGCAAUAUAUUCGCCAUUCGGCCGGGCCAGAACAAUAACCUAGCACCUAUCGGUCUGGGGUCGCACUUGGAUACUCAACCGAGGGGUGGAAGAUACGACGGUAUCUUGGGAGUGAUAUCGGCAAUCGAGGUUCUGAAGGUCCUUCACCAACAUGAUAUCACUACUUACGCACCGGUUGCCGUGGUGAAUUGGACAAAUGAAGAGGGAGCUCGGUUUCCACCAGCCAUGCUGUGUUCCGGGGUAUGGGGAGGUGCAUUCACCGCCGACUGGGCUCAUUCGAGAGUGGAUCAUGCAGGCGCCACACUGAAGGAUGAACUUCAAAGGAUUGGGUACCUUGGAACCGUCCCGUCUUCAUGCGAUGUUAACCCUCUUCUCGCCCAUUUCGAACUACAUAUUGAACAAGGCCCAAUCCUAGAUCGAGCGGAGCAGCCAGCCUCUGUAGUCAAGGGGGUGCAAAGUAUGCGCUGGUAUAAUAUACAAAUUACUGGACGAGAGGCCCAUACCGGAACGACACCUAUGGAGAGUAGAAGUGAUGCUCUUCUUGGAGCUGCCAAGAUGAUUGUUGCUACCAACAAGAUCGUUACUGAGGGUGCGAUCUUUGAACGUGGCGGUCGUGCGACGAUUGCAGUAAUCAAUUCAGCACCGCAAAGUAUUAACACUAUCGCCGGAAACGUCCAGCUGGGUUUGGAUAUUCGAGCUCCAGCAGACUCCGAUGUGGAAUUGAUUGAAUCACUUUGCAGGAAACAGUUUCAGAAAAUUAGUGACGAGCAUGGCCUCAAGGUGGCGAUUGACAAUUUUUGGGUUUCACCGGCUGUGAAUUUCGAUGCUACUAUGGUUCAAUGUGUCAGAGAUUCCUGCGGUUCGGUGGGUUGCGGCACCAUAGAGUUGGUGAGCGGAGCUGGACAUGACAGUGUUUAUACCAGCCAUAAAGUGCCCACUGCCAUGAUCUUCGUGAGAUGUCGCGAUGGGAUUAGUCACAAUCCUGCUGAAUAUUCGAAGCCGGAGGAUUGUGCGGUCGGUGCUCAAGUGCUUCUCGGCGCAUACCUGAGAUAUGAUGAUCUUAUAAGACGGUCUACUGAAGCCAAGAUAUGA